AUGUUAACAAAAGCCAAUGCUAAAUUUGAAAAUAUUGAAAACCAGCCUAUUUUAACAGAAGCAACCAUUUUAGAUCCACGCUUUAAAAAAAAAGCAUUUGAUAAUCUGUAUACAUAUCAAAAAACAUAUGAAAAGAUAAAACAAAAGGUUGCAGGAAUUAUUCGUUUAAACCAGAAUCCAGCAGAAAAUGAAAAAAAUGAGAAAACCAUACCGACCGAUAGUGAAAAUGCAACUUCUGAAAUUUGGCAACAUUUUGAUUCUCAGGUACAUAAAUUAUAUUAUCAUUGAUAUUUAAGUAGUUUACAUAAUAAGUUAAUGAUUUUUAGGUGUCAACUUCAACUUCAGUCAACACGCCAACAUCUGAAGCUAUUGUUGAGUUGGAUAGAUAUUUGAACGAACCUAUACUAGACCGAAAAUCAGAUCCCCUUAAAUGGUGGAAUGACAGAAAAAAAAUGUAUCCAAAUUUAUUUCAUUUAAUGUUAUUGCGUUUGUGUGUACCAUCAACAUCAGUCCCGAGUGAAAGGACGUUUUCAAAAGCUGGCUACACCAUUUCCGAAAGACGUAAUAGGUUAUCAACAAAAAAUACCGAAAUGUUAAUAUUUUUAAACAGUAAUUAUUAAAUACUAUUAUAUUAUUUUAAAUUUUUAUCCAUAUAAUUAUUUUAAGUUUAGGCAAGUACUCAAGUUAAUUUUGGAAGUUUCAAUUUAUUUAUUUUAUUGUUAUUAAUCCAUUUGUUUGAGGAUAAAGUGCAAUGUAACAUAACAUUGUCAAUGUUUUUUUUAUAUUUGUAUUUUUAUAAUUAUUUUUGUUGAAAACAAAUUUUUUUUUUAAAUCGGUACUUUAUUGUAAUUGUACCGAUUGAAAUAAUAUUAAAACGGUAGUAAUUUUUGAUUAGGCAUUUCAAAUGUGUAUUUAUUAUUUAUAUUAUAAUACUGGAAAAAUAGUGUAUCUGUUACAAAUUUAAUUAUUUAAAGCUAAUUUUUUUUCAAAUGCAGUAAAAUAAUGUCGUAUAUUAUGUAUUUUGAACAAUACGAAUCCGAGUACAAAUGUAACUAAAUAAAGAAUGUACCGAUUGUACCGACGUAACGAGUAUUUUGGAAUCGGUACUGUACAGUAACUGUACCGAUUGGAACGAUAAUUCCCACCACUGUUAGUGACUGAAUAAUAAAAAAUAAAUUAGACAGACGUCAACAAAACGAUAUGCAGCGCAGAUAAGAUCGGCCCGCUCUAAUUGGAAAACCCUAUAACCUAACGCCUAACCGACUGAACCACUACGAUGAAAACGUCGGUGUUAUUAUAGAAAAGAAAUAUCUAUGGUAUUAAGGGUAUAUUUGCAUUCAACGCUAAUUUUAAACACAAAAUGAGUAGAUAACGUGUAGGAAUAUAAAUAAUAGUGUCGCCGUAUGAAGGGAAUAUUACAUGUUUACUUAGAUUGGUAUGCUGCGUGUCUUAAAUUUAGUAUCAGAUCUACCGUAUAGAGUUACAAUCCCCUAGACGUAUGUGUUCAGAAUUUGAAAUUCACUAGUAAGUAUUUAUAUUUUAUCUUUGAAACUUACGAUAUAUAAUCUACAAAAAUAAUAUAGAUCUGGAAGUCAAUUCCACGUGUUUGGCGUAUGAAGCUUCAUGACACCAGACGGGUUACAUUAAAAUAGUUCAAGGUUUUCCUAAUCGUUUUCAUCAAAAUCACGAUAACAUAUUUGUAGAAUUGACGCUCUGUGGUAAAAAUCAAUUUUAUUAAGUAUUAUUGAGUUAAUAAUAUUAAAUGAAAAAUCUUUAAGCAGUUUGUGAAUAUUAUAAAGUAGCCUAAAUUUAACACUAAAAUGUUUAAUUGAUUUUACCAAAUUUAAUUAUAGGUAAAUGCGUUAUAACUGAUAAAAGAUUAUAAAUGUCAGUUUUAAAUUUAAAAACCAAUAAAAUGUGUACUUUAAAUUCAACGGAAUUUGAAGUGAAUCAGCCACCCGACGACACAGUUUCAGCGUUGGCGUUUAGCCCGGCUUCAAUAGCACAAAAUUUUCUCAUUGCUGGUAGUUGGGACAACAGUGUUAGUUUUAAACAUAAUAUACAUACUACCUACUCGUGUGGUGUAAUUUAAAAUAAUUUUUUACUUUAACACUAGGUACGUUGUUGGGAAGUUGAACAAAGUGGUAAAACUAUUCCCAAGGCUAUACAAUCUAUGACCAUGCCGAUUCUAGAUGCUUGUUGGAAUGAUGAUGGUACUCACGUAUUUAUGGCCUCUUGUGAUAAACAAGUUAAGUGUUGGGAUUUAGGAAGUAAUCAAGCAAUGCAAGUUGCAGCUCAUGACGCACCUGUAAAGACAUGUCAUUGGAUCAAGGCUUCAACAUAUGCUUGCCUUAUGACUGGAUCAUGGGAUAAAACAUUAAAGGUGUGUAGAUAUAUAGGUAAAUUUAUAACAAAAUAGAUUGAAUACAGUUUUUUAAUAUGUACACUCCGCUCAAAUAUUUGUUCAAUUAACUUAUUGCCAUAAUUCUCCACUUCUUAUUGGCUAACAUUAAUAUUGCCUUUUAUAGUGGAGAACUACAACAUAGGUUAUGAAUUUAUGGGUAAUAUGCUUAUAUAAAUACUUUAAAAAAGAUCCGUGUCCAUUUAACCUCAUUGGAUUAGGCCUUUAUGUAUAAUUUUUCUGUUUUUAGUAAAUAUAUGUAUACAGUGGAUUUCGUUUUAUCCUAGCUCGUUGGAACCAAUUAAAUUUGCCCACAUUAAGUGGUUGCCCAUUUCCAUUGUUAUACAUAAGAAUCUGGAUCAGACUAUUAUGUCCAUAUUAGGUGGCUACUUGCAUUAACCAGUGAUCACAUUUAGCGGAAUCCACUGUAUAUAUAUUUGUUGUACCUAUAAAUCUUAAUUAUAAAGUUAUUCAAGUUAAAUACUAUUACAAUAAGGAUAUUAAUAUAUAAUAAUAUUACUUUGUUAUUUUAUAUUAUAAUAAUUAUAAUAUACUAAAUUAAAUUUAUACAUUAACCAUAUAAUAUGUACAGCUGUAUCCAUGCUAUUAAUAAAGGAAUGUUUUUAGCAAAAUGUAUACACUAAUAUUAUCUCUAAUGUGGGGUAAAAAUGUACCCCAGUCAUACUUAACAUGCAAAUACAAUUUUUAUUGUGUAUCUACCUGUUUCAAUCAUUAAAUUUACCUUCAAUAUAAUAUAUGGAUUAUACAAUUAUUUCUAUGAUUAAUUUUUGUUUUAUCACUUUAUACAUUUUUUCACCAUAAACCUAAUAAGUUAUAUAUUGAUAAAUAAAAUAAAAUAUUAUAUUUUGUAUUACCAGUAUUUAAACAAUGUUUUAGUAAUCAUUUUAUUAUAUUGUGGUAGUGAUGGGUAAAUUUGGUAUACUUUAAUUUUAUCAAAUUUAUUAAGAAAAAUUUAAUAGUAUAGUUUCAUUUUUCAGUCUAAAUAACAAAAAAAUAUUAAAUAAUUUUGUAGUAAAAUAAUUGAACAAUAUAAUUCAGUCCAUUUAAUUUACAAAAUAUAAGAAAAAAAAAUGUAUGUAGAUAUUAAAAUUAUAAAAGAGUUGGACAAUUUUAAAUACUUUAAGUUUCAAUUUCAAAUUAAUUUUCUGUAGUCACAUGACUCAUAUGAUAUUGCAUCAGACAAAGAAUCUGAACUAAAGUUAUUUUCUUCAUAUUCCGAGAGAUUAUCAUCGUCAAUUUAAUACUGUUCAUCUAACAAAUGACUAUGACUAAUUGGAUCUGGAACCUCCAAUAAUAAUAGUGGAGGUUAGCGGAGGUGUAAGUUUUUUUAUUUUUAAACUGUGAAUUGACUUAGAUUAGGUUCAUUUUUUCUGUUUAUAUAUUUCAUUUUUCAAUUUAUAGUUAUGAGCAAUAAUACAUAAUUUUCCUGCCUUUUCUGUACUUAAUCUAUUUUUUUAUAUAAUAUUAAUAAUUAUAAAUAUUAUGAAUAUUGAUUCAAAUUACAUUACCAUAAAUAAUAUUGAUGAGCAUAUCAAAAAAAAUAUUUAUCCAAAUUUUGGGUAGGUAAAAAUACUCAUGAAUAUUUACUCUUGGGAAUAUUACUAUAUUAUGGUAAAUUUGUACCCAGUACAAGUGGUCAAGGGUUAAUGUACACUCUAAAAAUAAACAAUCAAAUAUAUAGUCAUAAUAUAAUAGUUAUUUUAAUUGAUAUAGAUAUGAACAUUAUUUUUACUAAAACAGACUUCAACUAUCAUAGUGGGUGCCAUAACUUAAUAAUCUAAAAAUGUUAAAUCAACAAAAUAUGUAUAAUAUGUAUAAUAAUUUAACUUAUACAGUACAUGGUUAAACAGUGAUUACAUUUUUAUCUAUGAUUAAGAUUUUUUCCUGUUGUACAAUGCCUGUAAACUGCUUAAACACCAAUUAAAAGACAUUAAAAUAUCAAAAUAUCUUUUGAGGUAUUGUGUGAACAAAUUAGUGCAUUUGCCUAACUAAAAAAAAAAUGUUUUAAAAAUGUAAACAUAAAAUACAACUUUUUAAAAAAAUAUUUGUAAUUUUGAAAAAUAUUCCCAUAAAGUAGUUUCAUGCCUACAAUUGAUAUUUAAAUUUAUUAAGUUGUAAGUUGUAAGUUAACCUUUUGAGGAAUUGUGGUAUUAUAGUGAAACCACAUAAUUGUUUUUAUUAUAUUUUUUUUUAAUGUAAUGAGUAUGCUAAAUUUUAAUAUUUUCCAAAAAAUUAAUGUUUGUCUCAAAAGGUUAAAACCUCAUACAAUAAUCUGUGUGUUAAAAUGGAAAUAUACAAUAUUUAUAGAGACUAUAAUUUUAUUUUCUAAGGCUUAAUAAGAGAAGGUAUACUCCAAAAGUCUAGAUUUUAUAUAUUUUUUUAUAUAUAUACAUAAUAUAUAUUGUGUAUUUUAUUCAGUUUUGGGAUCUCAGGAGUUCAAAUCCCAUAAUGACCAUUGUAUUGCCUGAAAGAGCGUAUUGUGCCGAUGUGGUAAGUUAGCAAAAUAAGUUUUCACAUAAAUAAAUUAUCCUUAUAUGUAAUUAAUUUAAUGUAUUUAAUUUUUGUUGUGUUGAUUUUAAUAUUAUUUAUAGGAGUAUCCUCUUGCAGUAAUUGGUACUGCUUCAAGAGGUAUAGUGACCAUUAACUUGGAAGGAAAUCCUAGAGUAUUAAAACCAGUGGAGUCACCUCUUAAAUAUCAACAUCGGUGUAUUGGAAUCUUUAGGGAUAAGAAAAAACAGACACCUCUUGGUUAGUUGGUUGUAUAUUUUUUUUAAAUAAUUAUAAUAAUUAAAAAAGUGACUUAAAAUAAAUUACAACAUAAAACACAACAUUUAAAGUUUUUAUUAUGUUUGUUUAUAGGUAUUGCUUUGGGAUCUAUUGAAGGGCGUGUAGCCAUUCAUCAUAUAGAACCAUGCACAAAAGAUAACUUUACGUUUAAAUGUCAUCGGCAAACUAAUACAACAACCAUAACUGUUCAAGACAUUUAUGCUGUAUGUAUUAUAUGUUUAAAUAUAAUACAUUUAUCUUAUAAUUUACAAUUCUUUUAUUAGGUUAAUGAUCUUAAAUUUCAUCCUAUUUAUGGUACAUUGGUAACUGCAGGAUCUGAUGCUAUUUUUUCAUGUUGGGAUAAAGAUGAGAGGUCUAAAGUGAAGAUGUCUGAUAAAUAUGAUCAACCGAUAACCAAAUGUUGUUUCAACAGUAAUGGUCAAAUAUUUGCACAUAGUAUUGGUUAUGAUUGGUCAAAAGUUAGUAUAAAUCUUGAUAUUUAUUGAAUAAUUAUAAAGUUAAGAAUAAACCAAAGAAAUAUAAUAUAUAGUAUAAACUGUCUAUAAUGACAUUCAAGGAAUUAGUUAAAAUUAUUCUAACUAAUUAACUAGUUAAGUUAAUAACUUAUUUUCAUCAUAAUAACUAAAAUGAUAAAAUAAAAUUUAAAAACUUGAUUAUGUAUAUGUGUAUGUAUUUAUAUGAAUAUAAUUUUGUACUACAAUCAAUGUGUCAAUUAUUUUACAGUGUUAACAUUGAAAUUUUAAAAAUAUAUUUUAAAUACAUGUACAUAUCACACAAAAGUCAAAACUGGUUUCAAAAUUGUUAUCAAUUCACCACGUUCUUUGGACUGAUUGGAAGAAAAUAGUAAUAGAAAAAAGUUCCUAUUCUUGUUAAAUAAAUACAGAAAAUAUUGGUAUCUGAGUUCCUUCAAUUUAAGUAAAUUGAAUAUAAUUUAACACAAUGAAUAAAUAAAGUUUAUAAAAUUAAAACUUGAAUAACUGUACAAAUCAUACAAAUAUACAUUAAAAAUGUAGUGUUAUCUUUUUUAUAGCACUUAAAAGCUACAUAAUAAUGCUAAAAAUGGUCUAAAAAACAAUAUAUUUCUAAAAAUGUUAAAAUAUAAAAAUUACUAAAAGUCCCUAAUUCUAAUAAUAUAUUAUAUUAUUUGUUAUUAUUGCAGAUUUCAGAUUUUAUAUAACUAAUAAAUACUAAAAUAUAGCAUUUAAAGUGAAAUUUAAAAAAAAAACUUUAUUUGUUAUCAAACUUAAAAAUAUAUUUAAGAUAAGAAUGACAUUGAUUUUGUUUAUUAUUUUGUAUUAACUUCCAUUAAUCCUAUAUUUUAUUUAUUAGGUCUCUAUGGGGCUAUCUAAAAAUAGAUGAUAAUAUGAAAUAUUAUUUAACGAACUGAAAAGAUUCACAUGAUAGACAAAUUUGUCUAUUAUUUUUUAUACUAUUUAUGGAAAACACAAAAUAAAUUAUUAUAAUAAUAGUACUAAAAGUGUAUUUAUCAAUAUAAUAUAACAAAUAACAAUAACAACUGACUAAAGGAGGAAAAAUUAGAAUUUAGGAUUGAAUAAAGUUAUACUGGCUCACUUCUAAAAAGCUCAAAGCUUGUGAUAAGAAAUUUCUAAGAAUUUCCUAUUACAGUAUUAUAGAUAAAAGUAUAUGUAUGAAAAUUAAAUUAUCUUUAUCAUUCACAAUACAAAAUAUAAUACCAAAUACUAUAAAAAUUAAAUUCAAAGAAAAUUCAUUAAUAUUAAUGAUUUAUAGUUUUAAAUUUAAUGUAUUUUAUAUACAAUUUUAAAAAAGAUUUUUAUUUUAUCAUGUACAAUAAUACCCCAUGUAAUCCACAGUUUUAAGUUUUUGGUUAAAAUAAUUUAAUUAUCUAGACAUUUUUCUAGUAGCCUUAUUUAUAACUCAAUAAUAUUAAUGAAAUUUAUAACAUUAUUAAUGCCACUAAAACUUAAAAUAUUAUGCCAAUUGAGGUUAUCGAUAUUUAAAUUUAAUCCAUUAAAAUCAAUGAUCAAUGAUAGGUAUAACUUUAUUAUAAAAUUGCUAUUAUUACUUUGAACAAAAUUAUCAAUAUUUAAGUUUAGACAAAAUUAUACUAAUGUGGUCAGAUAUAAAAUAAAGAUAAACAUAAAAAUUUGUUAAUGUUAACUGGUAAAAUUUAUUUAUAUUAUUAAAUUAAUAGAAACCAAACCUGGCAAUAGUAUUAAAUACUCAAAUACUUAAAUUAUGUUUUUUUAAAAUAUUAAUAUUAUUAUCACUGCAAAUAAUAUGCUACUUAAAUAAUUGUUAUUAGAAAUUAAAAAAUCACCCACUUUAUCAUAUCUAUAAAUCUAUAACGGCUAGUCAUAAUGUACUCUUUGUCAUCAAUAUCAAAUAUUAUUGUGCAUAUUUCCAAAAAUUGGCACUAAAUCUUGAAAAAUACAAAUCUAAAAAUAAAGGGUAUGAAGGCUUUGAAUAUCAAAAAAGCAAUAUAAAUAUUGUAUUUGGAAUUCUUAGUGCUUAAAAUAAAUGUAUAGUUAACCCUAUUAUUUUUAUUUGCACCUUAAAAUAGUUAGCAAAUACUAAAAAACUAAAAAAAAUCCUAGCCUUGAAUAUUCUCAAGUUAGUAACAAAAUGGUAUAAUGAUUAUACAUUUUAAGUACUUAUAGUAUUGAUAUUUUGUGAAUUUAUAAAUAUUUCUAUGUAUACACUAUACAGAUGUCCCAUGAGGAUUCAACAAAUGCAAUAACUUUUGUUCUAUUCAAUAUUUUUGAUAUAUUUGUAUAUAUAUAUAUUUUUUUAAAUAAUUAGUACGUCUUUGCACUUCAGAUUGAUAUUACCUAAUAUCUAUAGUAUGAUAAUAUUAUUGCUUGAUAUUAACUCAUAGGAAAGAAAAUCCUUGUCAUGUGCCCUGACUGAUUAAAUAUUGAAAUAUUCACAUUUACAAAAACUUCAAAAAUCGUAAAAAAUAAAAGACCAUAUUUUAAUAAAAGUGUCAAUUAGUUGAAUUUUUUUAAAAAAUUAUAGUAAAAUUUUAAAUUUUUUAUUUAAGCUCCUCCCUCUAAAGAAAAAAAAAUAUUCAUAUAUAAACUGUAACACAGAGGCAUACUUAUUAUUUAAAAAUAUAUAUAUCAAAAAUAUUGAUUAGAACAAAAGUUAUUGCAUUUGUGGAAUUCUCGUGGGACACCUUGUAUAUAUUGUCUAUAUAUUAUUAUAGCAACAUAUUAAAUUAGUUAUUAAAACUAGUUUGUUAUAAUUUGUAUUGUGUAUUGUAAUUUGUAAGUUAAAUUUAUUAUUAAAUAUAAUAAUAAAGGAAAAACAAAAUUAUUAAAAUGUUUAUAACUUGUAAAUAAAUAUAUAAAUGUUUUAUUUGUGUAUUUAUUCACUAUACAUUUAUUAUGUAUACAAUGAUAUUUUCAGGGUCACGAAUUUAAUAAUCCAGCUAAAAAACCCAAGAUAUUCUUAAGAUCAUGCUAUGAGGAUUUCAAACCAAAGAAAAAUUAA